CCCACUGCCUGGUCCCCUCCCCCAUUCCCUCAGUCCCACCCCCCCGCCCCGCUCCGGGCCGGGCGCUCCCCGCUGUCCGGUCCCGCACUCCGCGUUCGGCCCGGCUGACAGCUGCGAGGGGAGCGGGGACAGACAUGGGGACGCGGAUCCUGCUGCUGUUCUGCUGGGCCCUGCUGGGAGCCGCCAGUGCGGAGCCUCCCAAGGAGCACGACCCCUUUAACUACGACUAUCAAUCCCUGAGAAUUGGAGGCCUCAUCUUCGCCGUCAUCCUCUUUCUGCUGGGAAUCCUCAUCAUCCUCAGUCGACGCUGCCGUUGCAAAUUUAACCAGCAACAAAGGACUGGUGAGCCAGACGAGGAGGAAGGGCCUCUCCGAAGCUCCAUUCGCCGUUUGUCCACCCGGAUGAGAUAGGCGGGCCCAGAGGCUGGUCUCCCCAAGGCGCAGACCCCUCCCUGGAUAUGAAGAGUGACCCCCUCUUCCCCCGCCCCAUGCUGCAUAGCCGUAGCACGUAGCCUAGCCCAGGGCCCCACGCGCUGAUUGCAGCCCGCAGAAUCUGAGCCAGCCAGCAGGGGGCAGUAGGGACACACACACGGCAGGUCUCAUCCCCUCCAACAGGGGACAGUAGGGACACACACACACACAGACACACACACACACACACCCAGCAGGUCUCAUCCUCUCCAACAGGGGGCAGUAGGGACACACACACACACAGACACACACACACACACCCAGCAGGUCUCAUCCUCUCCAACAGGGGGCAGUAGGGACACCCACACGCAGCAGGUCUGAGCCCCUCCAACAGGGGCAGCCGAGACACACACACACAAACACACACACACACAGAGCGCAGGGCCUGUCCCCUCCAGCAGGGGGUGGCAGGGACGGACAGACAGACACGCACACCUGGCAGGUCUGAUCUCCUCCAGCAGGGGACAGCAGAGACGUACAGAGCAGGGCCUGUCCCCAGCAGCAGGGGGACACCCCCCAUUCUAGGGGUGCUGCGGUGCCCAGAGCCCUGUGUGUGAGGGGUGCAGGGAGAGGUGACUGUGGGGGGCGGUGGCAGUCGGGGUCCCUGUUGAAGUGUCCAUCAUGGGGCUGGUGUGGGAACAGCUGGCUCCCACCCCUGGGUCAGGGCUGAUCCCCUCCAGCAGGGGCCAGUCGAAACCCCCUCAGCCCCUGCACGUGUCCCUGUGUCCAGCCGGGGGCGCUGGCUGUAGUUGCUGGCCGGAGACGGCUUCCCAAUAAACGCUACCUGCCCCCCA